GUACUAUUUGAAGGAUGCGGUGUUGGAUGGGGGAAUUCCCUUCAACAAAGCUUAUGGCGUGACGGCAUUUGAGUAUCAUGCUACCGACGCCAGGUUCAAUAGAGUGUUCAAUGAGGCCAUGAAGAACCACUCUACCGGGACCACCAAGAAGCUCUUGGAGUUCUACAAUGGCUUUGAAGAUGUUAAGGUGCUCAUCGAUGUCGGUGGUGGCAUUGGAGCCACCAUCCACACGAUCACCUCCAAGUACCCCCAGAUAAAGGGUAUCAACUUUGAUCUUCCUCACGUCAUCUCUGAAGCCCCGGCAUUCCCAGGUGUGGAGCAUGUUGGUGGAGACAUGUUUACUGGCGUCCCAAGUGGGGAUGCUAUUUUCAUGAAGUGGAUCAUGCAUGACUGGAGCGACGAGCUCUGCGCAAAGAUCUUGAAGAACUGCUACAAAGCUCUGCCGGACAAUGGAAAGGUGAUCCUUGUUGAAUGUAUCCUUCCAGUAGCUCCAGAACCAACUCUUUCAGCACAGGGGGUCUUCAUUGCGGACAUGAUCAUGUUGGCUCACAACCCUGGUGGAAAAGAGAGGACCGCGAAAGAGUACGAGGCCUUGGCCAAGGGAGCUGGCUUCACAGGGUUCAAAACCCAGUACUGUUUUGCUGCCAUCUGGGUAAUUGAAUUCACCAAGUAGAUGGGAAAACAGUGGGUCUUGGCUUGUAUUCUGCAUAUCUGGUUAUGUUGGUGUUGACUUUGUAUUAUGUAAUUUUCCUGCUUUUGUUGAAAUAAAUCUCGAGUCAGCUCUUUCUAAA